AUUACCGGUGCCGGGUCUGUGAUUCUUUCACUCUCCGUCUACUUGAGGGUUCUUCCCUCUGUGAACGACGCGUCCAACGCGUUUUUCUCUGACUUUUUCCAAGCUUUCUGGACCGAAAGGGAAGUCUGGGUUUCUCCUAGUUCCCGUGGAGCUGGGGCAUCUCUGCUAUGACUUCUCCCGCGGCGGCGCGACCGUCGGAGCGGCAACUUUCCCGUGCGCCCCGGCGCGGCUGAGCCGCGGCUUCGCCUCGGCGAAAGGAAAGUUUACACGCACCUCCCUGCAGGGAAACAUGGGCCGGCCGUGAACGCGUCGGGGGUUUGUUUAUUUUUUCUCUCUCCAACUUUCCUCCCUCCUCAAAGCCGUGAGCCAAAAUGCAGAAGAGCGUCCGCUACAACGAGGGGCACGCGCUGUUCCUGUCGGCCGUGGCGCGUAAAGAGGGCACCAAGCGCGGCUCCCUGAGCAAGAAGACGGCGGAGAACAGCCGCUGGCACGACAAGUUCUUCGCCCUCUACCAGAAUAUACUGUUCUACUUCGAGAACGAGCAGAGCGCGCGGCCUGCGGGGAUUUACCUGUUGGAGGGAUGCACCUGCGAGCGCACGCCGGCGCCCAAGACCUCCACGACUGGGAGGGAGUCGCUGGAGAAACAGCACUACUUUCUCAUCGUGUUUGGUCACGAUGGACAGAAACCUCUGGAGCUGCGAACGGAGGAGGAGAGUGAGUGCGAUGAAUGGGUGGAGGCCAUCCAGCAGGCAAGCUAUUCUGACAUCAUCAUCGAACGAGAGGUGCUGAUGCAGAAAUACAUCCACCUUGUGCAGAUUGUGGAAACUGAGAAGGUGGCUGCAAAUCAGCUGCGCACUCAGUUGGAGGACCAGGACACUGAAAUUGAGAGGCUCAAAUCAGAGAUCAUAGCUCUGAACAAAACCAAGGAGCGGAUGAGACCUUAUCAUGUGUACCAUGAAAACGAAGACCCUGAUAUCAAAAAGAUUAAAAAGGUGCAGAGUUUCAUGCGGGGCUGGCUCUGUCGCAGGAAGUGGAAGAUCAUUGUUCAGGACUACAUUUGCUCUCCUCACGCUGAGAGCAUGAGGAAGAGGAACCAGAUUGUCUUCAAUAUGGUGGAGGCAGAGACAGAGUACGUCCACCAGCUCUAUAUUCUGGUCAACUGCUUCCUCAGACCCCUGAGGAUGGCAGCCAGCUCCAAGAAACCCCCCAUAAACCACGAUGAUGUGAGCAGCAUCUUCCUCAACAGUGAGACCAUCAUGUUCCUGCAUGAGAUUUUCCACCAAGGCUUGAAGGCGAGGAUAGCCAACUGGCCAACUCUGGUGCUGGCUGACCUGUUUGACAUACUGCUGCCGAUGCUGAACAUCUACCAGGAGUUUGUACGUAACCAUCAGUACAGCCUGCAAGUUUUAGCCAACUGUAAGCAGAACAGAGACUUUGACAAGCUUCUGAAACAGUACGAGUCUAACGCUGCCUGCGAGGGUAGGAUGCUUGAAACCUUCCUCACGUACCCCAUGUUUCAGAUUCCUCGUUACAUCAUCACCCUGCAUGAAUUACUCGCCCACACGCCUCAUGAGCAUGUGGAGCGCAAGAGUCUUGAAUUUGCCAAGUCCAAAUUGGAGGAAUUGUCCAGAGUAAUGCAUGACGAGGUGAGCGACACAGAAAACAUCAGGAAGAAUCUGGCCAUAGAGAGGAUGAUAGUUGAGGGCUGUGAUAUCCUGCUGGACACCAGCCAGACCUUCGUCAGGCAGGGCUCUCUGAUCCAGCUGCCAUCGGUGGAGCGAGGGAAACUCAGCAAAGUCCGUCUGGGGUCUCUGUCUCUGAAGAAAGAAGGAGAAAGGCAGUGCUUCCUCUUUACGAAACACUUUCUCGUCUGCACUCGCAGCUCCGGGGGAAAGCUACACCUUCUUAAGCAAGGUGGCGUUUUGUCCCUCAUUGAAUGCACGCUUAUAGAAGAACCCGAUGCCAAUGAUGAGGAGUCUAAAGCUGGCGGUCAGGUGUUUGGUCAACUGGACUUUAAGCUGGUAGUGGAGCCAUCAGAUUCCCCAUCCUUUACCGUGGUUUUGCUGGCCCCAUCGCGGCAGGAGAAGGCUGCAUGGACCAGCGAUAUCAGCCAGUGCAUAGAUAAUAUACGUUGUAAUGGCUUGAUGACCAGUGUAUUUGAGGAAAACUCCAAAGUCACUGUGCCUCACAUGAUCAAAUCCGAUGUGCGCCUCCAUAAAGAUGAUGUUGACAUUUGCUUCAGCAAGACACUCAACUCCUGCAAGGUCCCCCAGAUCCGUUAUGCCAGCGUGGAGCGGCUGCUGGAGAGGCUGACCGACCUGCGCUUCCUCUCCAUAGACUUCCUCAACACCUUCCUGCACACAUACAGGAUCUUUACCACAGCAACCGUGGUCAUGGACAAACUGGCUGACAUCUACAAGAAGCCCUUCUCCUCCAUUCCUAUCAGGGCGCGGUACCACUCAUUUGACCGCCUGUCCAUCUCAUCCAUCUGUCCUGACUACACUCUGAAGAUCAAGAAGAUAGCUGCGGAUCACUCCAAGUCCUUGGAGUUGUUUUUUGCCACCAAUCAGAAUAACAGAGGUGGUGAGCACACAAACGACAGAUCUCCUCGCCUCUGCCGCAAGUUCUCCUCUCCCCCUCCCUUAUCCAUCUCGUCCCGCACCUCCUCCCCCGUCCGAGCACGAAAGCUCUCCCUGCACUCCCCCAUCACCGCCAGGGUGGUGGGCCUGGACCUGACCAGUCCUCUGUCCAGCUCCGGCAUCAACUUCAACACUUCCCAGUCUGCUGCCAGUAGUCCCACGUCUGCCCACACCCCGCAAACACCAAUACCCCAGACCCCGACUCCGACCGCCACCUCUCCUCCUCUUCCUCCCUCGUCCACGUCUCCCCCGCCGAACAACGGCAAGUCUCCGCAGGACCAAACGGCUCCCACUCCCCCGUCACCCGACCAGAGCCCCUGCCCCACGGCAGACGGAGAGGAAGUGCCCAGGAUCGACCCAUUCUGUGGGAAGCUGCGACGCAGCAUUCGCAGAACCGUGUUGGAAUCGGUGCCACUGGACAAAAUCCUCCCCGAGUCUCCACAAAGCAGUGAAGCAGGGGACAUGUCUCCAUGCAGAUCCCCAUCCACGCCUCGACAUCUCCGCUACAGACAGCCAGGAGUCCAGCCGGGAGAGAAUUCACGCUGCUCGGUCUCUCCUGCCUCAGCUUUUGCUAUUGCAACAGCAGCGGCAGGACACGCUACCCCACCAGUGUUUCCCAACUCUGAGAGAACCUGUGAUAAAGAGUUCAUCAUCCGCAGAGCUGCAACGAACAGAGUUCUCAACGUGCUGCGCCACUGGGUCUCCAAACACUCGCAGGACUUUGAGAUGAAUGGGGAACUGAAGAUGUCGGUGGUGUACCUCCUGGAGGAGGUGCUCAGAGAUCCAGAACUGCUGCCGCAAGAGAGAAAAGCUACCGCUAACAUACUAAGCGCCCUCUCUCAAGACGAACAAGAAGAUGCACAACUGAGCAUAGAAGACAUCCUACACAUGGCGGACUGUCCAAAGGCAGAGUGUUUUGAGUCCCUCUCGGCGAUGGAGCUGGCUGAACAGAUCACUCUUCUGGAUCACAUCGUCUUCAGGAGUAUUCCCUACGAAGAAUUUCUUGGCCAGGGCUGGAUGAAGGUUGACAAGACUGAAAGGACGCCAUACAUCAUGAAAACAAGUCAACAUUUUAAUGAUAUGAGUAACCUGGUGGCAUCCCAGAUAAUGACUCAUACUGACGUGGGCUCAAGAGCCAACUCCAUUGAGAAGUGGGUUGCUGUAGCAGACAUCUGUCGCUGUCUGAACAACUACAACGGAGUGCUGGAGAUCACGUCUGCGCUCAAUCGCAGCGCCAUUUACCGUUUGAAGAAGACCUGGGCUAAAGUCAGCAAACAGACUAAAGCUCUGAUGGACAAACUUCAGAAGACCGUGUCCUCUGAGGGAAGAUUUAAAAACUUGAGGGAAACGCUGAAAAACUGCAACCCCCCAUGUGUGCCGUACCUGGGAAUGUAUCUCACAGACUUGGCAUUUAUCGAGGAAGGAACUCCAAACUUUACUGAGGAGGGUCUUGUUAACUUCUCCAAAAUGAGGAUGGUAGGCAAAAAUAUCCCACAUCAUCAGAGAGAUCCGACAGUUCCAGCAGACGCCUUACAGGAUAGAGCAUCAACCCAAGGUGACUCAGUACCUUCUGGAUAAGACUUUUACCAUGGAUGAGGACACACUCUACGAUCUGUCGUUAAAGAUCGAGCCCCGGCUGCCAGCCUGAGCGCCAGCUGUCUGCGGCCUGUGGGAGCCUUCCAAGUCUGAACCCGCUUCACGAGGGCGAACGCCCAUCAAUUACGAAGACACUGAGAGAAAGGAUUUGAGAACGUGGGAAUGGAAAGAGAUACCGACUCAAGUGACAGAUAUGCACAUGUGAGACGGGGGUACCAUAAGAAAAAGUUGAGGGAUUAUAUGGUGUUGGAUUGAUUGUGUCCAAGAGAACAUGUUGCAUUGCAUGAAGGUUUCGAGGAAAUCCCAUUUCGCUGAUUGUAUCAUCCUCAGCCCAGUGUGACACACAUGAUAUCACGUUUCCUCAGACAGCCUGAGAGUGCAUUAAAGGGCGGGAGCACGGAGUGAGCAGAUGAAAUGCAGUGAGCAUAACAGAGAUGUAGCAUAUACAGGUCGAAUGGCAGAGAGAUGUCUGAGUUUGUGUCUCUGUGCCACUGUGUAUUUUCUGUUGCCUGUGCUUAUCCAUGCCGUGUCCUGGAGCAAGAGUCAUAAAAUUAUUUCUGUUGUGACGAUAGCUGCUUGAAAAUUGCAUGAUCUAAAGUUGGGAUGUAGGUGUCUGAAUGGCCUUCAAAGUUCAGCAUGCUUCACUGUAAUGAGGUCGACUCUGGGCCAACUAUGCAUCCCCAGUGGGCUGGGUCACCACGCCAUACCUUUAAGCCUUCAUAUAAAGUAUAGAAAGACAGAAAAUGUAACUAAUACAACUGAUAUAUAUUGAUUUAGAGUUUGUUUUUUAAGAUUAUCCCCUAAUAAAACAUAAUUUCUGUAUUUCUCUUCAAUGUUGAGCUAAAGAACUCUUAUUCGUGCAGAAAGCUAAUUUUUUUAAGUAAAUGUCCACAUGAAUGAAACUAAAUUAAAUAUUUUUCCGGUGCCUUCCACCAGAGGGGUUUAGUUUGCCCCGAUUUGAAUUUUUGUGUCUUUUCUUCCCCGAUAAAGGCCAAUGUAGAUGUUAACUGAAUGAUAGUGUAGCAUGUUAAAGUAACUGCAACAUCAGAUGAGUCAAAUAUCUCCCUCUACUGUUUGUACAUUGCUGUAGCCUCCGCUUGUCCAACGCUUUUGCAGCAUUUACGUGCAAUUUGAUUGUUUCGGCUUUUGUAAACUGUCAGCUGUUCUAAAGUGUGUGGUCACGCAACUGGGACCUGACUACAACAUCAACUGGGACAGUUUUUGCACUUUCUGAAAUGUAGCUGUGCUUUACUGACAAAUAUGGUCGCGAUUUACUAUGCUAUGAUUUUAUUUAUUUUUUGUGUUUACAUCAUACGCUGUAUUUACAUUAUUUAAACAUAGAUGAAUGAUUUUUAAAAUUCUUAUACUGUGAAUGUUAUUCUGUUUUAUUUUCCUUCUUGUCUCUUUGUUAUUCAUGUUGAAUUAUAGUUUUGCAUCCAAGGCUCUUGUACAGAAAAAAAAAGACUAAUAAAUGUUAAUUUAAAUACACACACACACACACACACACACACACAUACCGUAUAUAUUUAUAUACCUUAUAAAGGUUAAACUAAAUGUAGCAUUUGAAAAAUCAGACUUUUUUUCAUGAUAUGAUAGAUAUAGUUGCAUGCACACAACAGAUGCAUGUCUUACAUGUCUGAAUGGACGUUCCCUAUACCCGCUUCCUCUGCUUCUCUAUAUUAAUGUUGUCUCUGUAGGUGUAUGGGCGAGAAAAAAAAAGUAUAAAACAAUAUUUUGUCCAUUAAAACUGGCACGUUUGUCUCUCAGUGUAAUUCAGACAUCCAGCUUAGUCUCAAGGCUGCACCAUCUACAAAACUGUGUUGUUAUGCAGUGAGAUGUUUGAACUUUACUCAUAAAUGAAAAAAUAGAACGAUCACAGAUCAGUCACUUUCCAGAAAAUCUGUACUUUACACUGUGUCUGUAAUUCCGAGUGUAUUACAAACAGCUUUGGAAAAACAAGAUGCUAUUUGUUUGUAUUGGAAUAAUAUUUAUGUGUAUACGUUUCUGUGUUAAUUUAUCUGUUUGCAUUUUUCACUUUUGGGUUCAAGAGAAAUAAAUGCAACAUGCCUUAUGUGUCUGCAUGUAUAAAAUCAUUGCGCAAUAAUUUUAUCUAACAAAAGGUACUUAAUUCUGUAAAACUUGAGCAGGACAAAGGAAGACCUACUGGUUUUCUUUUUUGUAUGACUCGAUGAAAACUCCCACAUAUGGUAACAGAAGAGAAAUAGUUGUGAUAAUGUUUAUAAGGUAAGCAGAACCUUAAUAUCGAAUACAGUUUACACUCAAUCCAGACAUUUGAAAACUCUUCUGGACACAUUUAACGUAAAACUAAAUUUAUAGUCUUCCUAGUCCAACAUUUGAUCCAUCGCUGAGUAUUUCCCUCAGCUGGACCUUGAAUUUUAUAAAGCCAAUGGGAGCAGAAUGACUUGACAAGGGGUGAAAGAUUGUAAAACUGAAAGAAGUAAUGCAUAUAUUAAAACCAUUCUGCAGGCUGCAUGGCUUCUGCUGUUCAAGAGUGUUUUGUCGUAUGACUUCAACACACACAGUACUUCAUACAAUAGUUAUUGUAUAUUGCAUGAAAGAAAAUCGAAAUAAAA